GGCACCGCCGGGCGCUGCGGAGUUGGCUUUGGGCGUGGAGCUUCUUUCGCCCAGUGGAAACGAACCGCCUUUUCCCCUUGCAGCGAGAGAGCCGAGCAACAACCAGGAUUGCUACCGUGAGCUACGGGGUGAUACGGUGGUACACAGCAUUAUAUACAUAUUGCGUACAUCGUCGGAUUAUAGUUAGCGAUAAAUCAAAGCGAAUUGAGCUCAAAUUUCAUCGUCGCUGGCGCUCACCACCAUGCUUGGAGAAGCCGCUCCAGCUCACCCAUACUAUCCUCUGGGAGUCGAAAUACCUGGAUAUGUGGCCAACGAAGCUUCGCUGCUGUCUCUGAUCACGAUAGCCGGUGCUGGAUGCGUGGCUUUCCUGGGUGCUGUGCUCGCUUUCGUCAGUUAUGUGCGACCGAGCUUGAAUAGAGCUGACCGGCUGGCGAUUCUCUGGUUUGUGCUGUCAGGAUCGGUUCACUGUUUCUUCGAGGGAUACUUUGUCCUGAACCGUGACCGGAUGGCGUCCAGCCAGGAUUUCUUCGCUCAGCUAUGGAAAGAGUACGCUCUCUCUGACUCGCGGUAUCUGAUUGCAGAUACCUUAGUGCUCUGUCUGGAGACCAUGACAGUGUUUCUGUGGGGACCUCUAUGUUUCGUGGUCGCCUAUACAGUACUCGUUCAACACACGAUGCGACAUCCACUGCAGAUUGUCAUGUGCAUGUGCCAUCUGUAUGGCGAUAGCCUAUACUAUGCGACCAGCCUGUACGAUGACUACAUCCACGAUCGCCCGUACUGCCGGCCAGAACGUUUCUAUUUUUGGAUCUACUACUUCCUGAUGAAUUUCAUUUGGAUUGUUGUGCCGUUCUCCGCCGUGCGGGGAGGUGCUCCCAAGACGCCGUCGCCCACGAAAAAGCCCCUAGACAUCGGGACCCCGCUAGGUGUCUACGAUACGAAUUCGGUUCGGGAGAAGGUGCGGAAAUGGCAGCAGCAAGGCGGCGGAGUGGUUACGACGCCAGACGUGUAUAUCUCGGAAGACGAGGAGAACCCGUCUGCGUCGAAACCGAAGCAAGAGAAGGAGGGGGAGCAAAAGAAGGAGAAAGAGAAAGAGAAAGAAAAGGAGAAAGAGAAAGAAAAGGAGAAAGAGAAAGAAAAGGAGAAGGAGAAAGAUAAGGCGAAGGAGAAAGACAAGGAGAAGGAAAAGGAACCAUCAAACACUACUCCGAGAGCUAGACGACGGGUCAACACCACCCCCAGAAAGCGGGUGAUCAGUGAUGAGCACUGGAGAAUAAAGCGGAGCUCGGCGAACACGCCUCCACCCAAAAAGCCGUCUCCAAAGCGGAUUUCGGUCUACACUACCAAUGAACAAAUACGGUCGCCACGAGUGCAGAAACGAAGCGCCGAAAGGGACGAGAAGCCAAAGCCAUCGCCAGCCGGCGAGAGAAACAAGAGCCAUGUGGCUUCUCCCGCACGGAAGCCAAAGUCUCCCCGGCCGGCCGAGUCCAUGAUCGAGAGCGCGAUCGAGGAGGAGGACGUGACAGACAAUGCGGCUCCCUCCCCCACAGCUCAGUCGACAAACUCGAAGAAAUCGCAACCAAAGACGAAGGAGAAGUCCGAGGUGAAAGAGAGCAUGAGAAGAGCAACGCCGCCACCAGAAGAAGAUGGGACUGAAUGGGCAUCGAGCGAGGCGGACUUCUCAGAACUAUCCAGAAGGCGUGCACGAGGGCCGGCUCCAGGAUCUGCCCCAGGGCCUGCCCCAGGCCUAGGCGAUAAACCCAGGGGACCCAUCAGUAUACCAAAGGGCGGGAUUCUUGACCACAUGAUCAGUGAAUCAAAAAAGAUCUUUGCAAAAGCAGAGCCGCCGAAACCUGUGCCAACCCGGGGCGCCAAAAUUGAGGCUUGGCUUUCAAAUACACCAGAUCCUUUCAUGGAUGAAGAUGAAACCCCCGUGGAGGUCCCAGCGCCGCUAAACACCAAAUCCAGGCGUCUCAAGGAGGCCCAGCAAUCCGGUGGCAGCAGUCGUGAACGUACGACAGGAACGGACCUGUCAACAGAUGACGAACGCCGCAAGAGCAUCGCGAAGCGACGAAGCAAGGGGGGCGAGGACUCACCCAAGUCUGAGAAAGAUCAGCCAACUGACCAAACGGCUCCAAAGGCGAAAACCGAGGCCCCUGCACCCUCGACUGAAAAGCGAACAGACAAACAAAAGGGCAACGACCCAUCGCCUAAACCUAAACCUAAAGAAGACUCUACUGUCUCACGGGAGAAAUCACGUGGAGGACACCACAACGCCUCUGGCAUAGAGACGCAGUCGUUCUCGGAUGGAUCUGAAGUCUCCAGCAACAAUGCCCCCAUUCCUGUCGGUCUAAGACGGCCAUUCCCUAGCACUGGCAUCCACAGGCUUUCCACCAUUGCCUCAGAUAUCGUUUCCGACUCGGAGGAAAGGGAUACUUUCGAUCCUCACUCACUGCCGAGAGUUCCUUCGAAGCUGAAGCGACGCCUGACCACCCAUGAUGAUCUCAUCUCAGUUUUGUCUGUUCCGAAUUCUAGAAGCCGAAGCAUCAGGUCGGCCAGAAGUGUUCGGUCCAACAGGACUCGUCUCACCGCUGUAACGAUCGAGGAGUUGAUGCAGGAGCUAGCGACAGACGAGGCGAAGUAUAUGCGGGAGCUGAAGACCCUGGUCGGUGGAGUCAUUCCCGUACUGCUCGCCUGCGUCUUAUCUAGGUCGGACUCUGCCAUCGCAGCCGGCCUUUUUCGGCCCUCGCUGGAUCCAAAGGAUGACUUGAAUUUUACAAAACCAAUCGUCGAUAUGGGUGUCGCUCUGGAGCGCCUCAAAACCCUUCAUAAGCGGAUACCGCAGGACAACGCUGAAGCCCUCAUGACGUGGGCGUUUGGCGCGCAACGAGUCUACCGGGACUACCUCAAGGCCUGGAGACUUGGGUUCCGAGACGUCAUCGUCAAUCUUGCCCCUCUGGAAGAAGAUGAAGGUGCGAAUAAUUCGGAUACUAAGAGCUUGGAUGAAGGCCUCGAUAGAGAUGAGAAUGGCGACGUCAUCGACAGCGAUGGUGAAAAAGUCGACGUUGCAUACCUUCUGAAGAGGCCGCUUGUACGUCUAAAGUACUUGUCAAAGACAUUUAAAGGGAUCUACACCCUGAAGCCGUCUGGUAAGGCCGAAGAAGUAGUUUUGGGUUACCAGAAUCUGGUCACCGAUGCCCGCCGUCGGGCAAGAGAGGAACGGGCACGGCUCGAGGAUGAAUCUGCUGCUAGCAUAGAUCCCACGCAGGCUUGUGAUCCGGCCACUCUGAAUGCUGUCACUGAAGUCAUUGUGGACCAGAAACGACGGGUUCGGGCUCGUGACUUCUUCAACAUGUCUCUUUACCACACCAGCGGUCAGAUUAUCGACUGUCGUGUCGAACUUCUUUUGAGAGACAACCCCCCGGAAACCGGGCCCGGAGGAGAUCUGCUCGUUUGUGAGAUCGAUCAAGCCGACCGCUGGCUGCUCUUCCCUCCCAUCGAUAUCGGCUGCAUUUCUGCCCGUGCCAGUGAUGCCAAGGGAGAGAUUGUCAUGAUGCUGCGAAGCGCCCCUGGGGCGGAGAAAGCCUGGCAAGAAUUGCUCUUGCUUCGGAUUGAGGAGGUGGAAAUUGCACUCGAAUGGGUUCAGUUGCUGGGCACCAAGCCAACUCCACCAGCUAUCUGCAGGACCCAGAGUUUCAUCGACCGGGCAAAGGAACAUAAACGGAGGCAGUCUGCAGGUGCUGAGACCUCGCAUCACCGCAGAGGUCCGUCUGGUCCUGGUGCGGCCAAUAGCCCAACAAGGGAAAAAUCCGUUUCUCGUACAAGAAAGCGAUCAUCCACUGUAGGGGGUACGAGCACUGAAUCCAGCACCAUCGGUCCGUCUUCAGCUACUGGCUCGCGAAGCUCUCUGCAUUCUGAAAUCACCCGUGACUCGGGCUAUGCAGAAAACAGCUCGGAGAAGCCUCUGAAGCCCGUGAAAAAGUCCCAAGUCCCUCUGCCUUCGCGGCGCGAUACCGAGACAGCCGAAGAGAAACAGACCCAUGGACUGAAACGCACCAAGGCGAAGAGGGUCUCACGCUAUGGAGAGCUAUCUCCCGAUGAGCAGAGAGCAGCAACUCCCGUGACGCCUCAGAAGGAGCACUCUGAUGACGCCUCGCAUAGCAAGUCUCCCGGCGAGCAGCACGCUCCUAGACCCGCCAUCAACCGAACCUUGGAGAAAAUGUCUCAGCGCCUGUCCUCUGUUCCCUCAAUGGAUCUACCCACUAUCCAGAAGAUUCGGACUCGAAGCAGUCAAAGUUAUGUAACCGAGUCCUCUAGCACCAUCUCCGAUGAUGACGAGUCCUCGGUCUCCCUGGUAAUGGAUGAGGGGCCCGCACCGCCGCCUCAUCGCUCGCCACCUUCUUCUCAGCAGAAGGCAUCUGAUGUUCCGCUCCUGAGUCCUACCACUGGGCGGCAAAAGCGGCGAGCUUCGUCGCCCUUGAAACAUGAAUAUGAGCCGUCCACAGCGUCCGAUUCAUAUUCAUCAGAGUCUGAUACCUCAACAGUUCGACACUAUGAUAUGGAAUCCAUAUCAAUUUCGUCAGACUCGGACUCUUCGGAGGUGGCAUCUGAUGAGGACGACGAAUUUGAUGAUGAAGAUGAUAUAUCCUUGCAUCCAGAGCGAGGUGGCGCUCGUGACAAGUGGGCAGCCGUGGAGGCAUCAGUUCUGACUUCCAAGAACAGUACUCUAUCCCCCUCGAAUUCGGCAUCGCAGGCAGGAUAUAGAACAGUGCCUGCGCAGCCCUCCAAGGCAACCAAAGCCAUCGCCUCUAUCUUUGCAUGGUCUGACAAGGGUUCCUGGGAACCCCUGUUACCUGAUGAGUGCAGCGUUGUCAUCACCCCUGGUAUCAUCGAGGUGUAUGAGAUGAGUGCGGCCCACUCUGCGAACGAAGAAAAUGCCAUGGACGGGGUCCAGCCCUUGAUCGCCAUGGAGCUGACACCGCUCGUUCCGACCCGGCGUGGCACAGCCGUUGACAUCAGUAUCCGCUCUCCUCCCAUCGAGCGAUCUAAAAUCAAGACCAGUAACAACAUCCUGUUCCGUUCUCGCACCACUGAGGAAUGUGAGGCCCUGUACGGACUCAUCAACCAAGCUCGAAUAAACAACCCGACUUACAUUGCACUUCAAAACGCUCGCGGCCCGUUUAGCAACCAGCCCAUCAGUUUUGAAGAAACAACUCGCACCGGAUGGCUCGGAUGGCCACGCCGCCGCAAGAGUUAUCGUGCAUCCAACUCUCCUCGAUCGCUGGCCGAUGUCUCGGAGAGUAGCGUGGGGACCAUGAACAGCGCGUUUUCUGCCCUGAAACGGUUCCCCGGCAGCAAGAUGUUCAACUUGGGACGGUCGACGAUCAGCUCGCAGAAAGGCGACAGCCUGUUUUCCAGCUCGUCUUCCCCGUCCUCGGGGAUCGAGCGCAUCGCCGCCGCAGCCAAGGGCGUCGACGGGAUCGGCCUGUCCAACGCCAAGAUCCGUCUUUACCUGCGAGAAACCCAGUCCAAAUGGCGGGACAUGGGCGCCGCCCGGUUGACCAUCAUGCCCGCCGACCCUAGUCCUGCACGCCCGGACACGGCCGUGAGUCGGCGCAGCGACUCGAGUCUUGCCGGCCCCCCUCCCUCCACGGACGGAGCAGAGAGCAACGGCAGCCCGCCAGCGUCGGGUGCCAGCUCGCCCCGCCGCGAGGCCGAGUCGCGCAAACGCAUCAUCGUCCGCGGUAAGACGCGCGACGAGACCCUUUUGGACGUGUGUCUGGAGGAGAGCUCGUUCGAGCGCGUGGCCCGCACGGGCAUCGCGGUCUCCGUCUGGGAGGAGAACGAGGGCGGCGGCAUUGCAAAGCAGGGCGGGGUCACCGUCAAACAGUUCCGCGUGUAUAUGAUCCAGAUGAAGAGCGAGGCCGAGGCGGCGUAUACCUUUGGCCUGGUAGGGAAGCUUCGCUAUUAG